AUGGGCUGUCUCGUUGUAACGUAUGGAUCUCAGAUCACACAUAUUUUUGUCUGUUUGGCCUUCCGGUUAGAUGUGGCGGCCCUGCAGGCUGAGGUGGAGACCCAGGCCCUGCGCCUCUUCUACAUGCAAAACAUAGACGAAGACAUGCGCAGCAACAUCUGUGUGAUGAAGCGAGUCGUCAAGAAGGCCGAGACGGAGAGGAUACAGGCCGAGGUGGAGAAGAAGAAGCAGGACCUCUAUGUGGACCAGCUCGUCACCAGAGCCAACCAGCUGGAAGAAAACAUCACCCUGUUUGAGGCCAAGUAUCUUGCCCAGGCUGAGGACACCCGGACCUUGCGGAAAGCAGUGUGCGAGGCCUGCACGGAAAUCGAGACCAUCAGCCUGGAGAAGAAGCACAUCCUGCAGCAGUGGUCCACCAGCCUGGUGGGGAUGAAGCAUCGCGACGAGUCCCACAAGACCAUCCAGGAGGCCCUGAGCGGAUGCCAGCAUCAAGUCAAGUCCAUCGACGGGGAGAUCGAAGCCUACAAGAAAUCCAUCAUGAAGGAGGAGGAAAAGAACGAGAAGCUGGCCGGCAUCCUCAACCGGGUGGAGACCGAGGCCAGCCUCAUGCGGAAGCUGACCGCCCAGUGCCUGGCCAAGCAGGAGGCCUUGCAGAACGAGUUCAACACCUACCGGCUGGCCCUGCAGGACACCGAGGACACCCUGGGCAGGGCCCACCAGGAGCACACAGCGGUGCUGGCGGAGCUGCAGGCCAUCACCCAAACCGUGCAGAGCGAGCUGGACACGAGGCGGAAGAUGGAGGUCUCCAUCCUGGAGAAGCUGCAGGAGCACAUGACCUCCAACAAGAUGGCCAAGUACUUCACCCAGCUCAUCGUCAAGCUGCAGAAGGAAAAGACCAACCUGGUGACACAUCUUUCCAAAAUUGACGGCGACAUCGCCCAGACCACCCUGAACAUCACCAACACCCACUGCCGGCUGGACAUGCACCAGAGGACGCUGGGUGAGCUGGACAAGGAGGUGAAGAGGCUUAACGACCUCAUCACCAAUAGCGAGAACGAGAUCUCCCGGCGCACCAUCCAGAUCGAGAGGAAGCAGGAGCUCAUCAACAGCUUCAACAAGCAGCUGGAGCAGAUGGUCUCCGAGCUGGGGGGGGAAGAGGUGGGGCCCCUGGAACUGGAGAUCAAGAGGCUGACGAGGCUGAUCGAGGAGCACAACACCAGUGUGAUCCAGGCCCAGGUGAGCUGGCUGCGCCUGCAACAGGAGAUGGUCAAGGUCACCCAGGAGCGCGAGGAGCAGCUGGCGAGCCUGGACAUGUUCAAGAAGGAGAUCCGCAUCAUGGAGCAGAAGAAACUGCGCAUAGAGAACAAGAUCACGCAGGAGAAGAAGGAGAAGAAGGAGAUUGAGCGGCACAUGAAGGACCUGGACAACGACCUGAAGCAACUGAACACGCUGAUGAACAAGAACCGGUGCAGCUCCGAGGAGCUGCAGCAGGUCACCAUGCUGACGGAGAACGAAUUCGUGCGCGCGCUCAAGGCCUCCGAGAGGGAGAGCACCGAGAUGCAGGAGAAGUUGGACCAGCUCAACGAGGAGAAGACUGCCGUCCUCAACAGCCUGGUGGAGGCCGAGCACCAAAUCAUGCUUUGGGAGAAAAAGAUCCAACUGGCAAAAGAGAUGCGCGCCUCGGUGGACUCUGAGACUGGCCAGGCCGAGAUCCGAGCCAUGAAGGCGGAGAUCCACCGGAUGAAGGUGAGGCACGGACAGCUGCUGAGGCAGCAGGAAAAGAUGAUCCGCGACAUGGAGAUGGCCGUGGCCCGCAGAGACGCCAUCACGGCCCGCGCUGAGGGCCAGAGCAAGAGCGACAAGAAGGUGCUCACCCGCUCUGGCUUCCACCACCAGCAGGUGGAGCUGAGACGGAAAAUCCGCGACACUCACAAGGCCUCCGAGGCGUGCGCCCAGACCCUGCUGGAGCUGGAGGAAGUGCAGAAGGGCGUGAGCAGCUCGCUGCUGGAGAGGCAGGAGCAGCUGUCGGCCGUGCAGUCCGAGUCUGACCUUCUGGACGCCGACCUCGAACGGCUCGUGGCCCUGAAGCGGCAGAACCUCUCGGAAAUCGUGACCUUGCAGACACGCCUGAAGCAUCUGCAGGCUGUGAAGGACGGGAAGUACGUGUCCCUGUUCCGCUCCGAGCAGUCCCUGCAGGCCGAGAGCAAGCAGCUGGACAGCCGGCUGGCCGUCAUCAGCGCCGUCCUGGACCACGUGCGGCACGAGUACCCCCAGUUCCAGGAGACUCUGCACAAGCUCAGCCAGGCCCUGGCCACCAAGCCAGAGGCGCCCGGGCCUUCCUAG